AUGUCAGUGGAACUCAAUACAGCAGGAGACGUGACCCUUGAUCUGAAAAACCCUGAACACUGGGACUGCUCAUGGGAUGAGCUGGUGCUUUAUGAUUUACGCAGUGUUACCAAGUUUGUUUGCAAACAUAUUGGCCUGAAAAUCUACUAUGUAGGCCGUUCCCUUAUCGAAAUAGCAGUUAGUCUUGCAGAAUUCAAUCCACAAGGGGAAGCAGUAUACAACUUCCUCAAAUCCCAAUGCGCCACUCCUGGAAUGAUCUGUCUUGACUUGCUAUCUGCAUUUACAGGGAAGAAAUGUUGUCUAAACUCAUCCUAUGAUUUGUCUUACUUGAAGCAUGAACCUUAA